UCACGUGAUCAGUGUCCAAGCUGGGAGCGAGGCGACGGAGUCUGUUUUUGUGCAUGGCCAUUGGUGUGCGAGCGUGAGGCUGUGCCCCUGACGUCACUUCCCCCUCCCGCUAAGUCCGGGAUGCUCGGAGUUGUGAGGCAGCGUGGUCUGGGGCGGCCUUUUGCUCCUUGAACCGAGCUGCGACUGGCGGCGGGCACUCAUCUUGGGCUGGCCCUAAUGAAAGAUGAAGCUUCGGACUGACAUACUGUCAUUGCAAAAGAGGUGCAAAAUGCUAGCUAUAUGAUUUGCUCAUCCAAAACUUAACUACGAGUACCAGAGGACAGGAUGCAGAGAUAAAGUUUCUUGACACCUUAAAUGAUUGCUUCUUGGAGCAACUAGACCUGAAAUGCACAAGAGGAGAGGCAAUUGUUGAUUUAUUCCUAACUGGAGCAUGGGAUCUUAUCCAAGAGGCGAAUAUAGCUGGAUUGCUUGGUGACACUGAACACAUGAAUGGCAGGAGAAGACUAUUAGUUGCCUCUGUAAUUUCUAUCCAGAAUUUCAGCUUUGUGUAUCCUUCUUGUCAAUACUGCUUUUCUAAGCUGAUAUUAGAUUCUAAUAGGUUUAACUGUCUAAAAUGUGGCUGCACAGGUGAAGCUAAGGAUGCAAACUACAGGUAUAGGUUGUCCCUAAAAGUUGCUGACACUAAUGAAUUGUUUGACAUCACCGUGUUUGGAAGCUCUUUAGAUCCAUUCUUUGGGGUCACAGCAGGAAGUCUUCAUAGGUGUAUUCAAGAUUUUAACCAAGUAUCAGGAGAGCUGGACAGAAAUGCAUCUCCAAGUGAGUUAAUUCAAGCAGUCAAAACCUGUUUCAUUGGGAGAAGAUUUAUAUUUGGAGUGAAGAGUUCAGAAAACCAUGAUGGAGGACACUCUAUUUCUGGCAGCAUUUUACAAAACUGCUCCAAAAUUAAUAGACUUACAAGAGAUUUUAAAGCCUGCCAAAUCUUUCUGCCUCAUGCUAAUAUUGCCGGCUUUACUGUUAUCAGCUACUUCCAUCAACUCCUGCAAUCUGCUAAUUUCAAGAGCAGUGACAGCAGCUCACAACGACCUGAUUGUCCUUUAACUGGAAUAGAUCAGCCUAGCAGUGAGCUCAGCAGCUUGUGUGGCUCUGGCAGCAACUCAUGUUUUGUUACAUCGUGUGCCCAAGAAAACUUUUCAGGACCCUGGCAACAGUCCUUUGGCCUGACUUCUUCAUCAGUUGAUUGGAUAACGACAGAAGAUUUUUCAACUUUAGAAUUGGGUGAGGUUGCUGUUGAACAGUGUAAACUACAGAAGCAGCAUUUCUCUGCAGAACUAUGUCACGUAAAUCCUAGCAACCACACCAUUCAAGAUUUGCAGCUCUGUAACUCUGUGAAUGAGAGAAAUGAACAGGAAGAUAAUGAAUUCAAUUCACUAUCUAGUCAGUCAAACACAAUCUCUGCAACGGAAAAACUAGAGAGCUUCUCUUUUUUACAGAGAGAAUGGCCACUUGACUGGAACACCCCCAGAUUGUUACAAAGCCCAUUGGAUUUGGGGGGGAAAUACUCUUGCCCUGAAAUUAUCAGCAGACAUGAUUACUCUCAAGAAAAAUCUUGGAACUCCUUGCAUUGCCAGAGAAAAGAUUUUUCAUUUUGCUCCUCAACAGUGUUUCAUAAUCAUGGAAGUGCAGCUGGAACUUCUCAGGAUGGCUCUGUGAUUUGGGACGAGUUGCCAUUCUCUGAAAGUCUAAAUGAAUUCAUAGCCAGAAUUGAAAACAACAAGAGCACCGUCUUCCCAGUAGGUCUCGAUGCUCAUAAAUGUUCUCAUGAAAAAAGUGAGUUGGAUGAAAGUCCCAGCAAAAUAUCUUGUAGGCAAGGCAUCGUGGUGGUGGAUUUGCAGGCAGUACGUACAACAGGGAGCUUCCCACAAGUAGCAGAGAAUGUGAACACUUGCAAAGAGCAUAUUCUUUCCUGCCAUCAAUCAAAUGUCACUCCUGUAACUGGCUUUGUAUCACAAACUGAGCCUUUGUACAGCGUUUUGACUACAAGUACUAAGGGAGGCAAGGAGUCUGACUCUAUACCUAGUACUAGUAGAGGUGUGUUAUCACAAUCCUUGACAGUUAGAGCAAAAGAUUCUCUUUCAGAGGACAGUUUUCUACAGUGUGAGGAAGCAAAUGUUAACAUUUCAAUCAAUGCCCGUUCUUUCACCGAUCUUCAGUGUACCAUGAAAGAUGCAGAAAGCUGGUAUUUACAAAGGAGAGAAAAACCUACGCACUUACAUUCUCAAUAUGAUGGCUUAUAUGAUGGCUGUGUAGCCGAAUGGGAAAAUAAAGAAAAUUGUAGUUAUCCACCAACCCAGAGAACAGAUCUUAAAAGUUCUCAGGAACUGGGCUGUGAUUCAGUAGCUCCCUACAAAGCUAAAAUUAUGUGUGAGAGAGAGUUAAAACCAUUAAUUGAAUUGCAAGAAAAUAUAGUUAGAACUAUAAACCAGAAUGACUUGCUACAGAACUCCAACCACCCCAAUAGCAGCUACAAUGCUUCUGCUGAUCUCUUUGAUGCUAGUGCCAGAGAGAUAGAAACCAUCAUAGAAUUUUCAAGUAAGUCUCACAGCUCUUCAGCACAUGAAGAUGUUCUGACUGCAAAGUGCACAGCAUCUGAAUUAGCGCUUAGUCCAUUAGGUGUUAGCUACAGUGAUUCAGAAUGCAGAUCCUCAUCUAGUUUGCUAUCUCCUUUUGGUAAACACAGUACACCUAUAAGUUCACUUUAUGAUUCAGAACUUGAUCUGGUAGCUACCCAGAACUUUGUUCCUUAUUCACAGUCAACUCCUGUUGCAAGACCUCUUCAAAAAUUCAGAUCACAUAGUGGAAGAGAAUCAUUUCUCCCUAAAUUGACACCUAAAAUCCAUUGCAAAUGCAAACAGUCUAGGCCUUCUUUUAAAAAUAUUUUAUUAAGACAACUUACCAGCAAGUUCCUGAAACACAAAAGAUCAAGUAAUACAACCAACAGUAAGUCUGUUUCACUUCAGUCGUUUAUCAAUAGCGAGUUGCCGGAGAAUGACUCUAAAGAAUGGGUUCCUCCAUCAGCAACAAAAUUGUUACAGCCAGUUGCAUUUUCUAAUUUAAAAACAGAUGAAUUGCAAGCCAGGAGCCUAGAUAUUUCUGAAAACAAAGCCAACAGUGGAAAGCCAAAAGCUGAUGCAUGUUUAAGAAGCAGAACAUUAAACCCUAGGAAUAGAACUGGGAUUCCAACAACUCCUACAUCUGCAAGUGCUGCUAAGGCCUUGCUUCUAAAAGGUGCGGUCUCUGGAACGUCUUCCUGCUCAGAAACCAAGAAAAGCCCUUCAUGUGCAGCUUAUUUAGUGAGUGGAUUGGAUGAGGCACUUAGCUGGUCUCCUGAACUGUUUACAGAACAAUACUAUUUCUAAGUGAUGAGGCUUUUGGGGGAAAAGCCUCAUCUUGAAACAUGACAAUAUUGCAUUUGUCAUUGUUUAAUUUUUUCAAAAGUUUAAUUAUUCGUAUGUCUCUUGGUAUCUGUCUUGUUUAAGAUGAAUUAUGCCUAUCUGCAAAGAUUUUUGUCCUAUAUGGAGGUUGGGGAACACAAAACUCUGCGGUCACUUUAUUUUACUGUAGGUGAAAUAAGCUAUGAAAUGUCAAUUUUAUUUCACAUUAAUAGGCUACUCAGCCUUACUUUUCAAACCUAUUCAAGCAAAGACUUACCUAGCCAAUAAUUGUACCUUCCCCAGAGAGAGAGUUGUUGAAAACACUGGCCCUGUAUUCUGCUUCCAAUGAAAUCCUUUUGUGAAAGGCCAGCUUUGCUGUUUUUGGAUCUAUUGGGAAAUACAUCACAGGAGGGAAUAAAUUCAAUUCUAAAACAGUA